GCAUGCAGCCACACACUACAUACAGAAAGAUCAGUAUCAGUUAGGCUUCACUCUUCUAUUUUGAUGUCACUAUGACAUACAAGAGGAAGCUUGCUUUAAGACAAGCUCUGGGCGGUCAUUGCCCUCAAAUGAGAACAUUGAACUUGAGCUGAGACAACCUUAUUUACACUCUCUGCUUACAUCUCAGUGAGUCUGAAUCAGAAAACUAGUCUGUAGUGAACUCUGAAACUACACAGCAACUCUGACUGUUGAACUACCAUGACACCCAACGCCACUGCAUAUCACUGUGGUAGGUCAAUUCAGUACCUGGUGGCAUCCGUCCUUCCUUCUCUACUCAUCAUCGAGCUGUUACUCGGUCUACCUGGGAAUAUUUUGGCACUGUCAGUCUUCAGCAAAAACCUUAAGUCUUUAAGGGCCAACGUCAUGUUCCUCUUCAACCUUGUUUUGUCUGACUUUCUGCUUCUAGUGAGUCUACCCUUCCGUAUUGACAACUUCAUACGUGGUGAGAAGUGGAUAUUUGGAGACGCAUGGUGUCGGGCCAACCUAUUUAUGCUGUCAGUCAAUCGUUCAGCCAGCAUUGCCUUCAUGACCGCCGUGGCUGUUGACCGCUACUUCAAAGUGGUCCAUCCCCAUCACAAAAUUAAUCACAUAAGCACAAAACAAGCAGCUGGGGUUGCCUGCUUCAUCUGGGGCGUUGUGAUAUCUCUAAGGAUCCCUUUGCUGGCCAACAAUCUUCUGAGUGUUGAAAAUAACGUUUCUCUUUGUAGGAGCUUCAGCAACUAUGAGAAAACACCACUAGGCAUCCACCUGCAUUAUGCAGUGUUUAUUUUAGAGUUCUUUGUGCCUCUAAUACUUCUGGUCUUCUGCUCUGUGCGUAUUGCAUGUAUCCUACGGUCUCGUCAGAUGAACAAGGACAAGAGAGGACAAAGGGCUAUUCGAACUGUAUUAGUAAUCGUUGGGGUUUUUGUCCUCUGUUUCUUCCCUAGCAUUGGAACAGGAUUGACAGCACUCUAUUUUAAAAAGCUUGGAGAUAAGUACUGUGAGGCUUACAAUCUCACCAGUGAGUUGUUCUCUAUGUCCAUAGCCUUUACCUACCUAAACAGUGCUCUGGACCCGGUCAUCUACUGCUUCUCUAGCUCUGUCUUCCGCAAUUAUUUGAAAAAAGCUGUAAACCAGACUGGAUUAAUGAAGCUACAGAUGAGCCGACGGGACAGUAUGCCCAGUGGAAGUGAUUGAGAAUGGAUAGGGGUUUUAGGAGCAUCGGUGCAGUGUUACUGCUUACAAUGACUUUUUCAUUAU